AAAAGAACCAAGAUCUCCCCUUUGGCUGAGCACUCAUGGCCUCAAUGCGUUGCUAUCAGCUUGUCUUCUUAAGUCAAAUCUGGUUUGGGCUUCGUGCAGCAGUUGCUGUCCCACAAGAAGUUGAGGCGACCUGUAAUGAAGAUGCUUUUCUCCCUUGUAAGGUUUUCCAAGAUCUACAGCUCACAACUGGAACUAUCUCCUGGCAUAAGAUUGAUGAAAACCACAGAGGGCCGAAGGACGCGGAAUAUAAUAAAGAACAUGCAUAUUCCAGAGGAUUUAACGACUCCUUAGAGAUUUCUAAUGGCACUUGGCAUUUUCUGAAGAUUAAACAUGCUACGCACUUGAGUAGUGGAACUUAUAAAUGUAUCUUACUGGAACCAGUCAGAGAAUACAACCAAAGUACAAUUAUACUCAGAGUAAUAGGCUGUCAUGAGGAAUCGCAAAAUCUGAAACUCCAAAAAUACACCACAGAACUAUUGUUGCUAAUCACUAUUGGGAGCUUCUAUUUGUUACUUAUCAUCCUUACUUGUACAUGCUUAAAAGAGAGAAGAUCUUCUGAUCAUCAUAAAUCUGAAAAGCAAACUCUACCUUUAUAGUACCUAUCGAAAGAAUGGUUUCUAUUACCCAAUAUUGGACAGCAUUGGGAAAGACAACCUUAUCAGUUAAUUUGGUGGUGCUACAAGGAGCUCGUCAAUAGUACUAUGUCAACAAAUAGAUAUUGUCACAAUACUGUAGAUGAAGGAUAUAACUGCAUAAGUGCCUUACUCGGUCUGGUACUCUUUAGGUUGUCAAGUCCUCACAUUUCAUUACAAGUGAGUAUUUUGUGACUCAUCAGGAUUAUCAGAUGUAGUUUCAGAUCUGCACAAAAGUCCAAAUGUCCCUCCCUACCAAUCACUCAGUGCAAUUAUUGGUAGCUUUUAAUUGCACCAGCUUCUGGAUUGCUCCAAUUAUGAGAGAAAGGCAAACAGGAACUAUCACAGCAAGAAAAAAACUCAAGCUCAGCAAUUAACCAGUGACUGAAAUCUUAUUAACUGGCAUCUCAAUUCCUUGUAUGGAUUUGAAAUCAUAUCUGGCAAGGCCCUUUGUAUUGCAUCAUAUAUUUAGUAAGAAGAUAAGAAAAAUUCAGAGAACAUUACAGUUAUUCCUCAUUCAAUGACCACUCAUUCAAAGACCAUUCAAAGUUAUGUUGGUGCUGAACAAGGAGACUUACAACUGGUCUUCAUACUUGUGGCCACUGGAGCAUCUCCAUGGUCACAUGAUUGCACAUGGCAAUCAACUUGCAAUGACAAUAGUUGCAGUAAUCCUAUGAUGACCUGGAUGUCAUUUGUGACCUUCACUGUUAGUUUCCAACAAGCAAAGUCAUUGGGGAAGCCAGCAGGGAUUCCAAAUAGUAAUCAUGUGACAUCUUGCCUAAUGACCAUAUGGGAUUUACUUAAUUGAUGGCAACUGGAAUUGCCACAACUGCUGUUGUGACCUCCCAUGUUCAUGUGAUAUUGCACUUUACAACUGCAUUGUAAUGGUUAAUGAUGGAAUUGCCAAUCCCAAUUACUGUCAUUAAGUGACGACUACUGUAUUUCAUUUCCUGCAAGAUGAAUAUACCGCAUUUUUCGGAGUGUAAGAUGCAUUCCCCCCC